AUGAAGCACAAGCGGCUGAUCUCCUGCAUCGGGUACGCCUGGCGAACUUCUCGUGAGUUGAAUGUUCCUGCGCUCAGCAAUCAUUUGAAUGCAGCCCUGCAAGCCUUGAGGAUGCAGUGCCCCAGCGCUUGCCACCUUCAUUCCAGGAGUGCUGAUAUACGGCGAACAAUUUCCAUAUUCGACGCCCUUGUACCCACCAAAGAUGAAGGCGUGCAAGCGGAUGCUGGCCGAUCUUCUGGUGAUAGGGUAAUGGACGACGUUCCCAUGGCCCAUGAUGUGGAGACCCAAACAGAGACAGAAAUCAUCACAAGAGCACAGUGCGAGCAAAUCAUGCAAAAUUUGCAAUGUCAAUUCGAGGCGGCCGCGGAGAAGUGGCGAGAGACAAUGUUGAUGCAAGAUAACCUCAUCACGAAACUUCAAGAUGAUGUUUGUCGGCUGACUGCUGAGCGAGAAGCCAAUGUGCCCAUCCAGCAUGAUGUCAACAUUAGCACGGGUCCAGGUAUUGCCAAUGAGUUUGCUACGGCAAGCGGCGGUAUGCAUCGGGCCAAUGGUCCUGCUCAGUCUUCGACGUUGCAGGAACUGCGAGAGCAACAUGAUGCAGAACGCAUGAGGCUCAAACAGCAGCGGCGCGAACAACGAAGCCGGGCCUGGGAAGGAGAAUCCACGACCAGACCGACCAAACCCAGUAUGGUUCGCAGUUCUGUUGAUUGA